GCACAUAGUUUGACUCACUUCCCUCACAGGCCCCACCCCAGAGCUCCUGUACUCAAUUUUGACACAGACUCCACCGUUAGCUGUGUUAGAAAAGAAAAAGCUAUUCCUGUCCCCACAUCUGGAAUUCUGUUGAGCUUCUGUCCAUAUCCACGUACCUACGAGAACAUUACUCCAGUAUGCCUCUUGGGGGAGGAAACAAAUGUGGCUGCUGUCAGAAAACUGUGUACUUUGCAGAGGAAGUGCAAUGUGACGGGCGGAGCUUCCACAGAUCCUGCUUCCUCUGCAUGGUGUGCAGAAAAAAUCUAGACAGCACUACUGUGGCCGUCCAUGAGAAUGAGAUCUACUGCAAGGCUUGUUAUGGCAAAAAAUAUGGGCCUAAAGGCUACGGUUAUGGUGCUGGUGCAGGGACUUUGAGCAUGGACAAAGGAGAAUCACUGGGCAUAAAACCUGAUGAGCCUCAAACACACCGGCCAACCAACAAUCCCAACACAUCCAAGUUUGCUCAAAAGUUUGGUGCCUCUGAUGCUUGUCCGCGAUGUAGCAAGGCCGUCUAUGCGGCUGAGAAAAUCAUAGGCGCAGGAAGUUCAUGGCAUAAGGCUUGUUUUCGAUGUGCUAAGUGUGGAAAAGGGCUUGAGUCCACAACUUUGGCUGACAAGGAUGGAGAAAUCUACUGCAAAGGUUGUUAUGCCAAAAACUUUGGUCCAAAAGGUUUUGGAUAUGGUCAAGGAUCUGGAGCACUGUCACACACUCAAUAGACACCAAAACACAAUUUACCCCACAUCCCUUAUUCAUAAGUUUCUGCAUAAGCACCUGAAAACUACCUACUCACGUGCAUGUGUGUGUACAGGGCAAGUGAGUGCGUGCCAUUGUCAUCAAACAGGAAACGUGUCAAUCACAAGGGAGGGAAACUUGAGUCCAGAUGGGUUACUUUAGAAAUGUAUUCCACUACAGAUUACAGAAUACAUGCUGUAAAAUGUAAUUUAUAACAUAUUCCGUUAGAUUACUCAAGGUCAGUAAUUUAGUCAAAAUACUUUGGAUUACUUCUUCAACACUGGUUGAUUUUUUUCACUUGUUUUGACUAUAAAAAGUCUGCCAGUACAGUAAGACAAAAUACACAUGUUAAAAAUUCAUUCUCUGCAAAACCUUAAAAUCUUAUGCAGUUGUUGUUUCUAAAACAAGAUAAAUCAAAUUGAUCAUGUUUUAAGGAUUUUUACAGGAAAAUAAUUCAAAAUUAUUAUCAAGAAUUAGAUUUUUGCCCUAAUAUCAAAGGUCUAACUAAAAAAAAGAAAUUUAUCCAACGUGAAUUUCUUGAUAAAAAAAAAUAUGAUCGUGUCUGUUAACAUGUGCAUGUAAAAUGGCUAGAAAUAGCAUUUUAGCUUAGCAUAAAGCUGACCCAAGGCUUAUUUCUAUUUCUUCUGCUCGAAACUUUAUAUAUAGAACUGGAUCGCUGACACAAUGUUAAACUGAACACUGGGUAGAAUAGCCCAACAAUCACCACAGGAAGCGGCAAAACUGUCCACAAGUUGUAAUAUAAGUAUGAAAAGCUGUAAUAUUUGCUUGUUUUGGGGGUGCCAACAUGUCCGUUUGCCUCAGAAGGUUGUUAAAAAAGUCAAACCGUGAUUUUCAAUUAGCCUAAAAUGCCCGGGAUAUGCAUGUUGUCAUACAUGGAUAUAUAUCAUAAAUUAUGAGUUCGUUUGCCAUUUAAAUCUAAAGCAUCGGUUUAAUUUGAACCAGCUUUGCUUUGAGCGUCUCCCUCAAUCUCAACACCCGCUGUGCGCAUGACAGAGGGAGCGAGCGCGCGCUCUUAUUCAAGUGACUGCGAGAACAGGGCACUUUUUGAUGAAAAUAUAAAACUAGUAACUCUUAACACUUCGAUGAUCACAAUAAAUGAGUCUGAAAAUGUCUGUUUGUAUCUUACCUCUGUUUUUCUGGACUUGUUUACAUUCAGCUGAUCUGUUCGCUGAUGAAGUAAUAAUUCCCAACUUUAAAUAAUUAAAUACAUGUGUAGGCCGUUUGCAUUGUAGGGAUGUACAUUAAGUUUCCAGACAUAAAAUCGGUGAUUGAAGGACUAAUGUGUACUCGCCAAAAUUAGAUGAUUUCCUAUUAAGUCAAUAGGGACAUUGGAAUGUUUGGCCAGAGCAAUAUGGUGGCACAGUGGCUUCACUGAUAUGACGUCAUGAGCAAUCCAGUUCUAUAUAUGUAUCAGUGGUCUGUCUCAAUCAUAAUGAGAUGUCACAUUAUGCAUUUCAAAAUAAUUGUAUUGUUUUCAAACCCACAAACAUCUCUUCUUAACUCCAGAACAUUACCAAACACUUGGAAGAAUGUCAACUAUUUAAACAAAGCAUGGGAUUAACACUUUUGUCUACUCACCUAAGGUAAUCACACAGAUUUAGUGGCACUUGAGCUAUCUGGUAAUGUUACUUUUCCUCUGUUUGAUGUCUGUUCCGUAUAUUGGGUCGACAUACCAGAGCUUAAUCACUGUAAAGAAUGUUCCCUUUAGCUUUAUUCAAAGCAUGCAAGAUUUAAAUGUCUUGUCUUAAGAUGCACUAGCUAAAGUGGCCCCAGAAGUAUUAAGACACUUCUAAAAGUAACAAAACAUGAAAACAAGUGGAAUUUAUGAGAGAUAGCAAACUGUUCAAGCAACACGUUGGAAUUUAAGUAAUAAAACAAAAGAUAUACUUUUCAUUUGUUUGAGGCUAGAAAUUUGGUUUGAUUUAUUACUCUUUAAAACAAAGGCAUAGUGUCUAGAUACAUUUUGGGGCCACUGUAUAUGAUCACUUUUAUUUCAAAGACUGUCAAAUGUUUUUAAUAUCACACAAUAUCACAUUUUGCAUGUACUUUAAUAAGAAGAAAUAGCAAGUAAAAGUAUCAAUAUGCACAAUUAUGGUGUCUUGAGUCAAUUAUACAAGUGU